GUCACUGCAGCCGGAAGCGCCGCUCGGAGCAGUAAACAACCCCGUCGAGAGCCGCGGCCGCCGCGCUUCCAUCUUUGAGGAGCCGGAGUCCGAACUCCUGGCGGACCAUGGGCGGCGUCCUGGGCCUGUGCUCCAUGGCGAGCUGGAUACCAUGCUUAUGUGGAAGUGCCCCGUGCCUGCUCUGCCGAUGCUGCCCCAGUGGAAACAACUCCACCAUAACUCGUCUGAUUUACGCAUUCUUUUUACUACUUGGCGUGAGUGUUGCCUGUGUGAUGUUGAUACCAGGCAUGGAAGAGCAACUGAAGAAGAUACCUGGAUUUUGUGAUGGAGGGAUGGGAACAAGUAUUCCUGGUGUGCACGGCCAUGUGAAUUGCGAUGUGCUGGUUGGUUACAAAGCCGUGUACCGUGUGUGCUUUGGUAUGGCCAUGUUCUUCCUUCUCUUCUCCUUACUGAUGAUCAAAGUGAAGAGCAGCAAUGACCCAAGAGCAGCAGUGCACAAUGGAUUCUGGUUCUUUAAGUUUGCAACAGCACUUGCAAUUAGUGUUGGAGCUUUCUUCAUACCAGAGGGACCAUUUACAACUGUGUGGUUUUAUGUAGGUAUGGCUGGAGCAUUCUGCUUUAUUCUUAUUCAGCUGGUCUUGCUCAUUGACUUUGCCCACUCCUGGAAUGAGUCUUGGGUUGAAAAAAUGGAGGAAGGAAACUCGAGAUGCUGGUAUGCAGCUCUGCUGUCAGCUACAGCUGUCAAUUACCUGCUGUCUCUAGUGGCUAUUGUGUUGUUUUAUGUUUAUUACACUCACCCGGAAGGUUGUUCUGAAAACAAGACCUUCAUCAGUGUUAAUAUGCUGCUAUGUAUCGGAGCUUCUGUAAUGUCAAUUCUGCCCAGGAUUCAGGAAUCUCAGCCAAGAUCCGGUUUGCUGCAGUCUUCUGUGAUCACUAUUUACACGAUGUAUUUGACUUGGUCAGCUAUGACCAAUGAACCAGACAGGCGCUGUAACCCGAGUUUGCUGAGCAUCAUAGGUUACAACAGCACCACCACUCCGACCCAGGGGCAGGUAGUUCAGUGGUGGGAUGCACAAGGAAUUGUAGGACUGGUUUUGUUUUUGCUGUGUGUUCUCUAUUCAAGCAUCCGCACAUCCAACAACAGCCAGGUGAACAAGCUGAUGCUGACCAGUGAUGAGUCGACGCUGAUAGAGGAUGGAAUGCCCCGGAGCGACGGCUCUCUGGACGAUGGGGAUGAUGUUCACCGAGCCAUAGAUAACGAGAGGGAUGGAGUUACCUACAGCUACUCCUUCUUUCAUUUCAUGCUUUUCCUGGCAUCACUCUAUAUCAUGAUGACGCUUACCAACUGGUACAGUCCGGAUUCUUCUUACGAGACGAUGACCAGCAAGUGGCCAUCGGUCUGGGUGAAGAUAUCUUCCAGCUGGAUCGGCAUCAUGCUGUACGUGUGGACGCUGGUGGCUCCACUCGUUCUUACCAACCGUGACUUUGACUGAGCUGUGCUGCUCCCUGGGGGGUAGGGGGGCUGUGGUGGCUUCAGCCCACCUGUGACACAGCGUUCCUCGUAGCAGUGCAGCUGUAACACGUGUGCGUGUGUCCAUGUAGCAUACCCUGCUUUAUUCUGCAUGAUUACCCUGAAUCAUGUCUCUUGUCAUUUCACUAAAGGACUUUUUCUAGCUGAGCUCAGUGACAAUUGCUAUAGUGAUGGUUUUCAUAGGAUUACACCUAGACCUAAGUGCUCCGGGAGCAUUAGAUUAAGAUCAGGACUUUUUGGAAGUAGGAUUUUUUUCCCUUCAGUGGCGUUAAAUAGCUGUAGGAAAAAAAGGUGCAACUAUUAAUUAGGGUUCAAAACAGUAUUAGAUCAGGUUUUGCAAGCAAAGGAGGGGCUGCCUUUGAUCCCGGUUGCCUUGAUUCCAAAGUCUUGAGAAAGCGCUGUUAGAUGCAGAAGCGUCCAUGUUGGAGUUCACUGGACAUCUUGCUGCAUUUGGGAACCAAUGGCCUGACCUCUCCCAGUAGGGGGGGUCAGUGGUACCUUAUGCACAGGUGUUAAGUAGGGAAACUUGUCCCUACAGCUGCAGAGGAGUUGCAGAUGUCCUCCUUGGUGCUGGUGGGUUCCAUGUGUCCCUUUGCAGACACCCUGGGGAAAAAUGUCCUGCUACUGGAUGCUCAGAAGCAUGUUUUUGAGGCACCUGUUUACAAUGUGCAUCUAUGUAUUAUUUUUUCUUUAAAGUAGUUUAAAUGGGAUAGCUGUGCUGUAAUUUAUUGCUGUUUGGUGUGCCACUUUCUCUCUUGGCUGAGACUCAAUCACUGAGAUUGCAAGGAGCUGAGUGGUAAAAACUCUGUAAGCCCUUUAGAGGAAUUUUUAGAGUAUUGUUUAAAAAAGAAAUGGGAAGAAAAAGAGCACUAAAAUUGCAGUAACUGAAGGAGGUUUGCAUUAACUGACACUUCAAGAGUCAUUUCUCAGUGUAUCUAGGGCUCUAAAUAUUUGAAACCUUUUAAUGUAUCAGGUAUUUUGCUUGUUAUACAUGGCCAGAGAUGGAGUUAGGCCUAGAAAGUCUAAAUCUAGGCAGGAGGUAAGCAAUUAAUCUGUCUGAUUACCACACUGUAUAGUUCUGUGCUGUUAGGAAAUCUGAAAUGCUUUUGUACUUGCGGCUUUGUGAUUCAGUAAGCUGCAUUAUUUCUGUUACUUGCUACAACAUGAGCCUAGAGCAGCCUGACUGGGAGUGACCCUGGAGCCUUCAGCAGAUGUCACGCUGAUCUGUUACUGUGGCAUUUAUACUGUGACUUCCUGUGGCUAAUUAUUCUCUAAGCUUUUAUUUUAAUUCAGCACCUAAGCACAUUUACUGCAGCAGUCUGACAUGUCAGUCAGACUUGAGGUGGUAAUGGAAUGAUUAGUAAAGGCUCAUAAUAAUUUGGAAUAUGUUGUUACCUUAUUAAUAAAUCAAUCUGGAUGACA